CAACACUACUAUAUAACAAAUAAUUUGAGCAAAUACCACCAUUAUUAAAGUUUCACCAAGAACCAGUGAGAAGGAUUGUUAUGUAAUGAUGCCUCCCGUUACCAGGAGUUUUAGAGAACGCAAAAGCUUCGCGAGCAGGAAGCGAGAAGUAGAUGACAUCCGCAUGAAACACCCCAACAAGACUCCAGUCAUCGUGGAGCGCUACAAACACGAGAAGAACCUGCCAAUUCUGGACAAGACCAAGUUCCUGGUACCAGAGGAGCUCACUAUGGGACAACUUAUCUCCAUCAUCAGGCGCCGGCUAACUCUGCGACCGGACCAAGCGUUCUUCCUGCUAGUAAACCAGAAAACCGUAGCAACCUUGACGCUGACAAUGAGUGAGGUUUAUCAAAACGAGAAAGAUGAGGACGGUUUUGUGUACAUGACCUAUGCUUCACAAGAGAUGUUCGGUUAAAAAGAGUGAAGGUAUCGUUUCUUCGUGAUGUUAUCUUUCGGAUUGUGGUGCUUCCUGUUGCUCUUCAAGCUUGGACAUGUGAUGUAGUAGAAUGUAUUAUAUUAUUUUGGGGUUGAAUGACAUAGACAUUUCAGUGAUUUUUCAAUUGGAGUGUCCAGGCUUGAGAGCUUAGAAUUUAAAGAAACUUUGUAGAAGUUUUUCUCUUCUAUACUGUGUUAAAUGAAAAACGAUUAAAAAACAAGACUUACAUUUUAAUUCUACGUGUACUAUUCACAUGACUUUAUCGUAUAAAAUAUGCCAGAAAAAUUAUAAAACGUAAAAUAUCAUUAUAAUUUCUUCGUGAUUUAAAAACUGAAUUGAAAUGAUAAUCACCGUAGUUCUGUUGUGUGCAAAACAAGCGUUUUGGCCGAUUUUAUUAGAAAGGUUGGCACAAGUAUAAUACUUAAUUGAUUUUAAAAGCGAAUAAUUUGUUUAUUGGGUAUAUAUUUCACAGUGUUUGUUGUUACAUGUAAAUGAUGAAAUUGAUGCCAAGAAAUGCUUGUUUGGCAAUAUCAUAAUAUUAAUCCUAUCUGUUCAACGAUAAUACCAACUGUAAAUUGUUUGAUCGAUUCAUUUCCAA